GAACCAAGUUCAUUUUCAACAACGAGCUGUUAAGCGACGUGAAGUUCAUCGUUCCUGCGUCAAAUAUUAAUGAAAGUGAAAGCCGGAAGAUGAUUCCAGCUCACAAGUUUGUUCUUGCAAUCGGCAGUCCGGUGUUCUGUGCCAUGUUCUUUGGUAAAAUGGCGGAGAGUACAGACUCUAUUACACUACCUGACUGUGAGUACGACAGUCUGCUGGAGUUGUUUCGUUACUUGUAUAGCGAUGAAGUGAACCUAACCGGAAGUAAUGUGAUGCAUGUUCUGUACUUGGCGAAGAAGUACAUGGUUCCUUCACUUGUUGAUAAAUGCAGUGAGUAUCUGCGAGACAACCUGGAAGCAGCCAAUGUGUUCUCCAUUCUGCCGCACGCUAAGAAAUUCGAGGAUAAAGAUUUGGAAGAUCGAUGCUGGGCCGUGAUCGAGAAGCAGACAGAGGAGGCUGUGUUGUCUGAGGAAUUUGUCACGCUUGAGAAGUCACUUGUGGAAUCUCUUGUGAAGAGAGAAGUAUUGAACAUAAAGGAAGUAGAAUUGUUUAAAGCCGUUGAUCGCUGGGCAACUAAAGAAAUGGAUAGACAGGGAAUAACUUCCGAUAGUGAAGCCAAAAGAAGAAUAAUUGGAGAGGAAACCUUGAAGGCCAUCAGGUUUCCGCUGAUGUCAGAGAAGGAAUUGCUUUCUGUUGUCCCCGACAGUAACAUUCUGACAAUGAAAGAAGUUGUUGAAUUGAUGAAACACUUCAACGGUUUAUUGACCUCCCCUUUACAAUUCUCGGUAAUCCCAAGAACCAAGCCCUUUAUUCAGGCUUGCCAUCGAUUUGAAUCAUUACGCAUCGCUGGGCAUGAAAGUUGUUGGAAUUACGGUAGUGGAAAUAGUGACCGUAUCUGUUUCACUGUCAGCAAGGACAUGCAACUAAUUGGGGUGGAGCACUUUGGUAGAGAAGGAAGCAGUUACACAGUCAGUGUUGAUUUGAUUGACACUGUAAGUGGUUUGUGUGUUGUGAAGAAAUCGGGAUCGUACAUCUCAGAGUUGAAACAACACGAUUCCAAGACGUUUUAUGGCUUUGAUGUUUUGUUUAAUAGCCCCGUGCAUCUAAAGCAGAAUAACCGUUAUGAGUUAGUCUCCCUCAUUCAGGGUGAUAGGUCAUUUUAUGGAGAAGAAGGGAAAACAAACAUCAAGUGUCAUGGAGUGUCUGUUACUUUCAGGGACUCAGAAAAAACAGAUGACAGCAAUGGAACAAACACUUACAGGGGCCAGUUCCCUGCUUUGUUGUUUCAGUUAUUUGGAUAG